UGAGGUUUGUGUUUAGUCGAUGGCAGCGAAGGGAUGGUUGAAGUUGAUGGAUAAAUUGCCACGUAUAAAUAUUUCGCACCAUGAUCCAGAUUUAAUUUGCAAUUGCUCCAAAAGUUGAAGCUUGAUUAAAUUUUGGAUGGAGCAUUUUUUUAAAUCGUGCCAAAGUAUAGGAAGUUUAGUAGUUUAGAGUUUGACACUGUCAAAUUGACAGGCAGGAUAGAGUUAAGGUAAGAUUUAGAAGGGGGCCACAGUUCUAGGGCAAAUAAUGUGCAAAAUCGAUGGUCAUUCGCAGUAACUCCAGAUAAUAAUAAAUACCUCCGGUCCAGUCUAUGAGCAUAGUCAAAAGAGGAAAAAGAACCUUUUUCACGUCAGGAAAGGUGAAAGGAAGGAAUCGGCCGACUUGCAGGACAACAACAGACGACCUUCAUCAUUGAUCCUUCAACUGACUCAUAAAUAAACGGUGAACAGGGACGCUCAACCCAUUGUUGACUGCUUGUGACCUUCAAGAUUUAACCCACCAGCAGAUUUGAUCCAACUGCUAAACCCAGCUUUGCACAUCAUGUUCCUGUGGAAGUUUAAAUUUAAAUAGGACAUCAUGCACUAAUUACUCACUUAAAUAUGACAGACAGUUAGAACGACAGUCGAGUUAACUCGCUAAUGGUUCACUAUUGGUUUGAUUGUAAAUGACAAUCAGUCAAUCGUGAUGUCGCGUCUAUUUAAAAAGUUUUACAUAUUUGCCCUUUUCAUCUUUGGGGUCUUCUUUUACACCAUGAUUAAAAACAUUGGGUUGCCAGAGUCAAGAGCCGUGGGACCAUUAUUUAGAGCAAAUUCAAAAAUAGAUACUAUGGCCAUAUUAAAGCAUUUGGAUAAUCUGGAGGAGGAAAUCGGGUCUCAGAAAAAAUAUUCCGGAGCACUAUUGAGCAAACUAAAGUCAAAAUUCUCCACCGUAGACAAACCUCCACAAAAGCCUAGGACUAGUAAGGAAGUGCUCGGAAAGGGUGUCGGUGAUAAGAGGGGAGUUUUAGAAUCUGAUAAGUUAUUAGCACUUCAAAAAGAGCUACAGCAAGAAGCUCACGCCGGUGAGGUUAGAAGUGAUAUUGAACUUGGAGAAAAUAAUAAUGACGGGAAAAAGAAUAAGAAAAAGGAGGACGAAUUUGCCAAUGGGGAAGUAAUCGAUGAACAUACUCCCGUUAAAAAUGACCAUGAUCACAAUAAGCAUCAUCCCUCUUAUGUGUAUUCUGAUGAAGACUCAGUCAUUGCAGUGCUCGUGUUUGUAUGUGAUCGACCAUCUAUUAAGAGAAGUCUGGAUAAAUUGUUUGCAUAUAGACCUUCGGAGAAAAAAUUCCCCAUAAUUGUAUCUCAAGAUUGUGGGUCACAUGUAGCCACGACACAAGUCCUUCAGUCGUAUGAAGACCGCAUUGUACACAUUAAGCAACCUGAUCUUAGCGAAAUUAGUGUACCACCAAAAGAGAAGAAGAUGCAAGGAUAUUUCAAAAUUGCUCGUCAUUACGGCUGGGCAUUAAAUUACACGUUUAACAUUUUAAACCAUGAAAAUGUGAUUAUUGUCGAAGAUGAUAUAGAGAUCGCUCCGGAUUUCUUUGAAUACUUCGCUGCGACGCUCCCCAUAUUGAAGAAAGACCCUUCAAUAUGGUGUGUUUCAGCGUGGAACGAUAACGGGAAGCCGAAGAGGAUUAACGAGACGGCGUACGAUUUACUAUAUCGAAGUGAUUUUUUUCCGGGUCUUGGAUGGAUGAUGACAAAGACGUUGUGGACUGAAUUGAUGGUCAAGUGGCCCAGAGGAUAUUGGGAUGACUGGAUGCGAGAACCUGCUCAGCGACGGGAUCGCGUAUGUAUCAGACCUGAAAUAUCAAGAUCCAGUACCUUCGGGAAGGAAGGUGUCAGUCUGGGAACGUAUUACAUGAACCAUCUCCGUUUCAUUAAAUUAAAUGAUCAUUUUGUGCCUUUCAAGUCCCUUGACUUAUCGUAUCUUUCUAAGGAUAAUUACGACGUGGAAUUCGUCCGUCGAGUAUAUUCAAGUCAACUCGUCAAUUCUGUAACUGAGCUACUAGCAGUGACUUCAGAAACUCCUAAACCCACGCCAGUCGAAUACCGUUUAAUAUAUAGAACAAAGGUGGAUUUUAGAAAUUUUGCAAAGAAGCUUGAAAUUAUGGAGGACUUCAGGGCUGGAGUACCGAGAACAGCAUAUCGGGGCGUGGUGCCACUAUUUAUAAAUGGACAUCGUUGCUACCUAGCUCCCGGAGCUAAUUGGGAAUCUUAUCAGCCCUGAAGUCACUCAAUCUCAACAAAUAGCCAUCAAAUAAUAAUUUAAUCAUCACUUACUCACUACUUGAUAAUAACUAGUGCGACUUGCUCAUCACCAGUAUAGUAUACAUAUAUGCAAAACUUUAUCAAGUUUUUGAACCACAUCAUCAAACUUUGUGCAAUCAUCAUCAUUUCUGACUGUGACACAUAAUGACUUGAAAUUAAACAAUUACAAGUUGUUAAUGUAGGCUUACCCAUAUUCAAACGUAAAGGUCGAGUCAUUAUCUUCAAUUGAAAUGUAUAAUCUUUAAGGAUUUCUACUUUCUUCUAGCAUCUGUCAAAUGUCUAUAUACUAGCAAUUAUGGAAAUUUGUAUGUGUUAGUAGCAAAUACCUAUUAUAGUUACAUACCUGUACCAUUACCUAUUCCAUCCUAUAAAAAUGAGUGCUGUUACGUUUUUACAUAAGUAUUACCAUAUUUUGUUUAGGGUGAAAAAUCUAGUCCAAUUAUAUACAACUAAAUAUUACUUUUUGUACAAACAUUGGAGAAGGGGAGGAGGAUACAGGCCACACGAUAAUUUUUUCAUCUUGAUCAUAUUUGCCAAUAAUUUGUCUAGUUUUGUUAUUAGAGUAGUGACAUGAAAAUGCGUUUCAUAAUCAAUUACUUACUCGUCGUCGUCGAACGUAUACCCGCCUUGGAUAUUCCGCAUUCGCAAUGACCUUAAUUGUUAAACAAUAUCAACGCAUCGGUAUUGAAUAAAGGAAUUCGAGAUUUAAAA